GUUGUGCAUCUCCUUCGGAGCUAUAAAAAGUUCUUUAUAUUGUUUUGAUCUGAUUUCCCUCCCUCUCUCUCUUUCCCUACUCUUUUUAUCUGCUCUUUUCCAUGACUGACACGGUACAACCACCCGAUCAAAUAUCAGCAAAAAAGACAUUGCACCAGAGAUUAAUUGAUUCACCAAUUGUAGCGUGUGUUUGUGGUAGCGCUAUUUUAUGGAUUUCAUUUGGUAUACGACAAACCUUUGGAGUCUAUCUAAUUCCUGUCACUCAUGAAACCGGAUGGAGCCGUUCGACAUUUUCGAUUGCUGCUGCCUUACUUCAGCUCCUCUGGGGCUUCGGUCAGCCAUUCAUUGUAUACCUUGCAGAAAGAAAGAUAGGAUUUGGUAAGACGAUAUUCUUUGCAUCCAUUUUUUAUGCUGUCGGCUGCUUCAUACUUUAUGCCUCCAGUCAGUCUCCUGGUCUAUUUAUUUUCGGUAUGGGUGUAGUUAUUGGCAUAAGUGUUGGAGGAAAUUCCUUCCCGAUUGUUCUGGCCUCCAUAGGUCGAAGGUUUCCUCAAAAUUCAAAGUAUCAAAGCAUCGCCUUUGGUAUCGUUUCAAGUUUUGGCAGUUUUGGUCAAUGUCUCUUUUUGCCAAUUGCGAGAGGCAUGAUCGAUACCAUAGGAUGGAGAUUAUCUCUUGUUAUUAGUGGUGUCAUCAUUGCUGCGCUUUCACCUUUAGCCUAUUUCUUACAAUCAGUUCCGCCCAAACCUGCCGAAAGAGCGUCUAAAGAAGAUAUAGAAGAGACAUCCACCACAAGUACAGUGAGUGAGAAAGAGACGGCAGAAAAAAAAGUAAAUGACAAAGAAGAGAAACAGCCGGUGGUGGAUAUUUCGGCUCCUAAUAUAAAGACAGCAUUGAAACAGGCAUUUACUUCGCCUAUUUACAUAUUCAUCACCCUGGGCUUCUCCGUAUGUGGAUUUCACAUUGCGUUUAUUGCCACUCAUUUCCCUGCCUACUUACAAGAUCGUGGCAUUGACUCUUCACUGGCAGCUUGGACUAUUUCUAUCAUUGGCCUAGGAUCAACAUUUGGUACCAUACUCGCAGGCUAUCUCUGCACUGUCGUUCAACCACGCUUUGUGUUGAUGAGCAUCUAUUUGCUAAGAGCAGUGCUGAUUGUCAUCCUCUUAUUUCUUCCUACCACCGUUGCCUCCACUGUCGUCUUUUCCGUUCUGUUUGGCCCACUUUCGCUCUCGACUGUGCCACCAACGACCAAGUUCAUUGGUGAUUCAUUCGGGCAUAAAUAUUUGGGUACAUUGACAUCCAUUAGCUUUAUCGGACACCAGAUUGGUUCCUUCUUGGGUGCAUACGUUUCUGGUGUUAUCUAUGAUCGUACUCAUGACUACAGUCGUAUGUGGUACGGAAGCUUCGCAGUGGCCAUUCUUGCUGUUGGAGCUAACUUCUUGGCCGGAUUUGCGCCUAUUGUAAAUAGAAAACCUGUUGUUACUAAAUAAAUGAAUAUUUUAUGCUUGAGGCAUAAAUAAUAUUAAAUAAAACGUCUGCUUUUUGUUUGUGAUGUUUCGAGCAGUGUAACGAUGGCAUUGAAGUUAGAAAAAGAUAAAG